AUGAUCAGUUAUCACUAUAGUGAUAAAGAACUUUGUGGUCAAAUUUAUGAUCAUUUAACGGCAUCGAGCUUCUAUCGAGUUUUUUUCGACAGAGAACAUGCUCAUGAAAUAUUACCUAAUAUGAUGGCUGAAGCAAUGGAAAAAUCAUCUAUAGUUCUAAUAUGUUUUUCAAGUGAAUAUCGAGAAUCGUAUGGAUGUCGAUUGGCAGCUGAAUAUGCUGAAAAACGGCAGCGAUCAAUUAUUCCAGUGAAAUUAGACGAAUUAUAUUGUCCAACUGGAUGGUUGAAUAAUAUAGUAGCUAAUAAACAUUGUAUUGACUUCAGCAAAUUCAACUUUAAUAACGCUUAUGCGAACUUGAUUCAACAGAUCGAUGAAGUCAAAAUGAAAGGCAAUGCAAGAUAG